AUGGCGCUAGCUGCGCAGCAUUUGUGCACCGCCGCCGUCAGUGUCAGCCAGUUUGCCGUGGCAUACGGAGCUCCAUCGCAGUCUUUAACACUGGUAGCAUGCCGCGACAGCGUGGACGUGAACCAUCCUGCUGUGCGCUACGAAAUCGAGGCAGGCAACGAGGAUGGUGCCUUCUCGAUAGAUGGCGACACCGGACAGGUGCGAGUGGCUUCUCAGCUUGACUACGAAGCUCGCACGGUGUAUGAGCUGCGGCUUGCGGCAGUGGUGACAGGGAAGUCCCCGGUGGCGUCGUCCCGGGCAGAGCUGUUGGUGACGGUGGUGGAUGUCAACGACAUGCCACCAGUCUUCCAGCAGCCUGUGUACCGCGCAGAGCUGCAAGAGGAAGAGGACCCCGCAAACCUGCCUAGGAGGAUACUCACGGUCAGUGCCAAGGGCUGCCUACCUGAAAUCAUUGAUGUAAAAUGCAACGGACGGCUCUUUUGUACGGUGUCCUCUGUGUUGCAGGUGAAAGCCGUGGACGGCGACGUGGGCCGGCCGCAGGACGUGGUGUACUCCAUAUCAGGGCCGGGCGUCGCCCCAGAAGGGUCCGGCACUGAAGGGUACUUCCGCGUUGAUCCCACCGCGGGUGACGUCUUUGUGCUCAAGCCUCUGGACCGCGACCCCCCGGAUGGCCGCCCCCUGUGGCGGUUCACGGCAUUCGCGCAAGACGAGGGCGGCGCCGGAUUGGUUGGAUUCGCCGAGGUGCAGGUGGCGCUCACUGACGUCAACGACAACGCUCCCUUCUUCACACAGCCGCUCUACCGCGGCUACGUGGUUGAGAACGCUCCGGCAGGUACAUUCAUUUUGAACGUGACAGCAGUGGACAACGACGAUCCAUACGAGGAUAGCAAUGCAAGGAUAAAGUACUCGAUUGAGAAGAACGCUGUAGAUGAACGCACAGGAUCCGCUAUUUUUGGAAUCGACUCCGACACUGGAGAAAUAGCGACUGCCAUUUGUUGUCUCGACCGAGAGCGUACACCGAGCUAUACAAUCCAGAUUAUUGCCACAGAUGGGAGCGGGCUAGAAGGGACAACUACCGUCUCAAUUUUAGUGAAGGAUGUGAAUGACACACCACCAGAAUUUUCAAAAUCAGAAUGGUUUGCAGAAGUGGAUGAAACAGAAGGUGACAACAUCCCUCACAAACCAAUACUUACAGUGACAGUCCGUGACCAGGACGAGUCUAGCACUUUUCAGUUCAAGGUUGUUGAAAAUAGUGGCUAUGGAUCAAAUAAAUUUUCCUUAGUCAGAAAUAAUGAUGGAACUGGUUCAUUAAAAAUAAUUCAACCCCUGGAUUAUGAGGACAUCCAUGGCAAUAUCCUGAGGUUCCAGAUACAAGUUACUGACAAGGGUGAUAAUGAUACAUCACAGCAGUACUACACGAGAUAUGCUUGGGUAACUGUGAAAGUCAGAGAUAUCAAUGACAACUCACCUAGAUUUGAAAAACUUCAUAUUGAAAUUACAUUACCAGAAAACACCACAGCUGGAAAAAUAGUUGCUACAUUUAAAGCAAAAGAUGCUGAUAGGAGUGGAAAGAGUAAAGUAUCAUACAGUAUUCAUUAUGAUUCUGAAGCAUCAAGACACUUUAACAUUAAAGAAAAUGGUGAAGUAAUUAUUCAGAGGAAACUUGACAGAGAAGCUGCAUCUUGGCACAAGGUAAAUGUUUUAGCAGUUGAUGAUGGAGCUCCACCAAAGACAUCCACAGCUACAUUGUUAGUGAUUGUUGAAGAUGUUAAUGACAAUCCACCACAUCUCCUACAGAAUUAUGAACCUGUUUUAUAUGAGCAAACUCCUCCUGGUGAAUUAGUAGAAAUACUUGGAGCUGAUGCUGAUGAUUAUUCAAAAAAUAAUGGACCACCAUUCACAUUUAAAAUGGAUCCUAGUGCAAAUGACCAGAUCAAAGCAUCAUUCAGCAUAACAUUUGAUCAAAAAGGUGCUAAUGGCCAAGGCUCUGCAAUUAUAUCAUCAUUGAAGUCUUUUGACCGAGAAGAACAGAAUGAAUACUUUGUACCUAUAUUAGUGACAGACUCUGGUCAUCCUCCACUCACAGGGACCUCAACAGUGAGGAUCAUAAUUGGUGAUGUCAAUGACAACAAGAUGAAACCUGGGAAUAAAAAUAUAUUAAUUUAUAAGUACCAGGAUCAAACUCCAGAAACAGAUAUUGGGAGGAUAUAUGUUCAAGAUCCAGAUGACUGGGAUUUACCAGAUAAAAGAUUUUACUGGCAGACAUAUGAACAUCAUAGAUUUAAAAUAAACGAGGGCACAGGAAUGAUUACAAUGAGAAGCAGUACUCCUGAAGGAGUAUAUAAUUUAUUAUUCAGAGUCUGUGAUCAUAGGUACUCACAGAAUAACAUCACAGCAAGUGUAACUGUCACUGUUAAGAUACUGCCAUAUGAAAAGGUUAUUAAUCCGGGAUCUCUAAGAAUUUCUGGAAUAUCUGCUGAAGACUUUAUAAGAGAGAGGGACUAUGUGGAGAGCAAAAUGGGUCUUCUUAAAAGUAGCUUGGCAGCAACACUUAGCAUUGGAAAGAAAACUGUUGACAUAUUCAGCGUAAAACAGCACCAAAGUCAUCCACAUAUACUUGACGCCUUCUUUUCCAUUGAUGCUUGGAGACUUUAUAAGCCUGAGAAAAUCAAUGCACUUCUGCAAAUGUAUCAUGAAGAGCUUGCAAGAAGAACUGGACUUGACAUUGUAAUUGCUGGUUUAGACUACUGUUUCACCGAAAAAAUUAAAUGUCCAGAAUCAUGUACAAAUGUCAUUGGAACAAACAGCAAACAACAUUUGGUAGAUGCUAACAUGACAUCACUGGUUGGAAUAACAAUUGUUGUGACACCAGUGUGUGAUUCCACAAAAAGGAUCUUCACAGCAGAAACAUGUGGGAAGUAUUAUUGUUAUAAUGGUGGUCAUUGUCUUCAGAAAGGCACUAGUAAACACUGUGUGUGUCCCGAUGGAUUCAGAGGACCUCGCUGUCAGCAGACUGUAAGAAGUUUCCAGGGAAAUGGCUGGGCUUGGUUUCCAGCAUUUCACAUACAGGCCGAAAAUCACCUUAGUCUUGAAUUUGUGACUAUUAAGGAGCAUGGUCUACUGCUCUAUAAUGGUCCUCUAUCUUCCUUCAUGUUAAAUCACAUGACUACAUCAGAUUACAUUGCGUUAGAAGUAAGAAAUGGCAGACCUAGGCUACUUAUGCAUUUAGGAGAGUUUACAGUAGAACUAUUCAUAAAAACAAAGAAAUCUUUAAACGAUGGGAAAUGGCAUCAAAUUGACAUUUUCUGGAACUAUGAGAAUGUUCAUCUCUUAGUUGACCACUGUAAAUCUGCUGAUGUUUUGGAAAUGAAUGACAUGACAGCAUCAUUUUUCAAUGGAUCAAAUUGCAUGGCAAAUGGGGAAUUUCCUUUGUUCAGUGGAAAACUUUUUUUAAAUAGUCCUCUUCAGAUUGGCGGCACUUACUCAAAAUUGUUUGCAAAGGAAAUUCAGAAGUGGAAUGCAAGUCCCAGUUUUAUAAACUUUAAUGGCUGCAUAAGAAAUUUGUUUUAUAAUGGACAGAUACUGGAUCUAUCCGAUGCACUGCUGUCUAACAACACGGUAGUUGGCUGUCCACAGACAGAUGCUGUAUGUCACUCUUUAGAUUGUUCUGACCAUGGGACAUGCCAAGCUGACCUUACAGAUGCAUCACCUUGGUGUUUGUGUGAUGGUGGGUGGACUGGGCAUAGUUGCUCUAUGCCCACACAGCCAGUCACCUUCCUGCCUCAUAGCUACAUAAAAUUUGCUCUUUCCUUUGAAAGUGACAAUUUUUCAACAUCCGUACAGCUUAGGUUCCGAACAGAGGAGCCAGAAGGAGAGCUGUUUCGUCUUUCUGACCAAUACACAAAUGAAUACGCCAUCCUUGAGAUAAAGCACGGAAACUUAUAUUUUAGAUACAAUUUAAAUAGUAAACACAAUGAAGAGAAAUAUAUCUGCUUAUGUUACAUAUCUGUUGAUGAUGGCUACUGGCAUACAGCAAAGGUUUCACGUUAUGGUUCAUCAUCUGUUCUUCAGAUAGAUGAUGGUGAAUUCACAUGACAUAAUCAGACGUUACUUUUCGAGGGUCACCAGUGGCUGAUAAUUGAUAAAAAGGAUGGUGUGCAUGCUGGAGGAAGAGCAGAGUUCACAGGCAUGAACUUGUUGGAAAUUUAUGGUGAUUACAGAAAUGGCUGUGUGGAUGAUGUGAGACUAGAUGGAAGAGCCCUUCCAUUGCCUCCAGGGUCAAAUGUCACACAAUGGGGACAGGCAACAAUAGCCCUUAAUCUUGAAUAUGGCUGUGAAUAUUCUUCUGAUUGUAAUUUCAUAAUUUGCCCAGAACCAGUGAAAUGUAGUGACAAGCUGAAGCAGUCUAACUGCAUAUGCAGUGAUGCAAAAGUACUGGCUUCAAGUAGUAAGGAUUGCACUCAAACUACUUGUGCAAAAAUGUCAUGUAUCUACAGCCAGCAAUGUUUACAUCAAAACUCGAAAUUUCUCUACAACUGUAUGUGCCCUCAUGGUGAGACAGGCAUGAACUGCAAGCUUUUGGGAGAUGGAUUUGCAGUCAGUCUUGGUGUAUGGACUUUGACAAUUGUAGCAUUAAUAAUUGUUCUGAUAGUUGUGCUGCUCUCUGCCUUCUUUGGUUACAAGUAUCUUUCGCAGUGCAAGAAUAAACCUGAAACUAAAAAUGAUAUUCAACUAGAAGAUGUAAUGAAUUAUGGUGCAGAGGAACAAAGCAAAAAUGGCACGCCUGUAAGCAUGAAACUGCUGAGGAUACCUGUUAAUGGAACAGAUACUACAGUUUCCAUGGAACUGCACACUCUCAAACCCACCUCUGGACCAAAUAUGAAAUGUCUAAUUACCUAUAAAAAUAGGAUUGAUGCUGAGCUGCUCUCUGAAAAUCAAGAUGAUUCAAAUGUAUAUUAUUAUGAAGGUGGUGGGUCAACAUCAAGUUCAUUUUCAUCUUUGUGUGCAGUUUUGCACAUUAGCAAAGCCCAUUGUUUUCUCAACUGA